AUGACUAGAGAGUUUCUAACAGUAGAUAAAUUAGAAGAUAAAGAAGUUGAGAAUAAAUCUUCUUUUUCCUUAAAGAAAACUGAUUUACAAUUAGAAAUGAAUGAAGAUGUAUCUAAAGAAAAUGCAAAUAAUGAUGAAAUGCAUAGUUUGUUAAAUAAAAAUACUAUUUAUCAAACAUUGAUAAUUAAUAAUAAGGAAAUUGCUAUUUACCAAUAUAAAACAUUCCCAAAAAAUUGUUUAAAGAGUGUAUAUGAAUUGUUAAGUAGCGAAUUAUCCGAGCCAUAUAAUAUUUUCUUACUUAAAACAAUUCUAAAGAACCAUAGCGAAAUUUCUUUAAUGUCCUUAUUAGAUGAUGACUGUGUUGGCACUGUAAUAAGCAAAAUUAUCACAAAAUACAAAAAUGAUGAACCAACAACCUUUGGAUAUAUAUGUAUGAUAGCUGUUCAUAAAUCUCUUAGAAAUUGUGGUCUAGGCACAUAUUUGUUAAAUGAAACGAUAAGACUAAUGCAGAAUCAGUAUGGCAUAAAUGAGGUUUACCUUGAAGCAGAAGCCACUAAUGAUCCUACAUUACAUUUUUAUGAAAAAAACGGAUUCAUUAGAGUAAAAAGGAAACCUUACUAUUAUUUGAGUGGCGUUGAUGCCUUCAAGUUAAAAAAAAAAUUAUAA